AAGUCCGGCGACGUGCUCACACUCGAAUGCACGUCUCUGGCGUUCGGUGGCAGGGGCGUGUGUAAGCUACCUGGGGGCUUCGUCGUCUUCUGCGAUCGUGCGGUUCCGGGGGAGACGCUGGAGGCGCGCGUCACGUCUCUGAAGGGCGGUGGGCGCUUCGCGGAGGCAACCAAGGUUUCGUCGAUAUCGCCUUGCGAACAUCGCACAGCCGCCCCGUGCCCUCACUUCGAGAGAUGCGGCGGGUGCACCUGGCAGGACAUCGCGUACGCGCACCAGCUAACGAUGAAGCGCGAUCAGGUGGUGGACGUCAUGACCCGCGUCGCCAAGGUGGACCAGACGCGCGUGCAGAACAUCGUCGGCGACUGCGUUCCCAGCGACAAGACGGAGAGGUAUCGCAACAAGAUGGAGUUUGCGUUUGGACCCGGCGCGAACGGCCGCGGCGUCGUCAUCGGUUUACGGCCCAGCGGGAACCACAGCGACCUGGUGGAGAUUGGUAACCCCGACGGAUGCCUGCUGCAGCACCCGGUCGCGGACGAGGUCCUCCGCGGGUGUCGAGCUCACCUCGACUCGAAUGGAAAUUCUUCUUUGUUGGACGCGUUCAACCGGCGGACGGGCGAGGGCGUCCUGCGCUCUCUGACCGUCCGCGUGGCGGUGGACGAGAACGGCGAGACAAUCGCGGCGGUGGACAUCGCCGCGGCGACGCGGGGCGACGACGAAGACGCGGCGCUGCGGGGACUCGCCGAGGCGAUCGCGAAGGUGCGAGGGGUGGCGUCGAGUGGGGGCGGUGAUGCGGACGGCGAGGGAUGGUCUGGCGAAGACGUGGAGGUGCUGAGCGGCGCGGCCACGCUGCCGAUGAAACUGCGCGGCGUGACUUUUGCGCUAUCCGCGCCGUCGUUCUUCCAGACCAACACCGAUCAGGCGGAGAAGCUCGUUGCCGCUGUGGAAGACGCGUGCGGGUUCAGCGGGGACGGCACGGAGGUUGUCCUGGACCUGUUCUGCGGCGUCGGUACCCUAGGUUUGUGCGUCGCCAAAAAGGCCAAGCACGUCUUUGGAUGGGAGGUUGUCCCGGAGGCGGUCAAAGACGCGGAAAGAAACGCGGAGGCUAACGGGAUAACGAACGCCACGUUCCGGCGCGGCGAUCUCGCCAAGCUCAAAGCGUCGCUCCCCGGCCCGGAUAUCGUCAUCGCGGACCCGGCUCGCGCCGGAAUGGACGAGUCGCUCGUAAAAGUUCUUCGCUCCAUCGGAGCCGAACGCAUCGUCUACGUCAGUUGCAACCCCGCCACGCAGGCGCGCGACCUGCUGAGACUGAAGGGCGGGGACGGGGGUGAGGGUGCGAGGUACGAUGUGAGGUAUUGCACACCGGUGGACAUGUUCCCGCACACGCCUCACGUGGAGACCGUCGUCGUGUUGGACAGAAUUAG